AUGGCGGCGUACGCGUCGCACUUGACAACGGGAUGUAAUUUAAGAUUUAUAUUAAAAGAGUCACGUUUGUCGAAAGGAGUUUGUUGUGCAGUAUUUAAGACUACACUACUGCAUUCAACCCUGUCAGCAUCUUGGGCUGUCCAUAGAUGUACUGGACUCGUCAGCCAUUUUGACAGCCUGGUGCACACUGGGUCACUUCAAGAGGAUGAGAAGAGAGAGUACUCAAAGUCACCCCCUCCCCAUGUUUACUAUAUUCACAGUAAUGUUGGUACUGGAAAAGCAAUGCUGAUGGAUCUUUUUCACUCAUUCGUGGAAAAUGGCAGAAAAAAGAGGGUUCAUUGCAAUGCAUUCAUAUUAGAGGUACAUAGAAGGAUCCACAAAUUGAAACAGUGCCUGCCAAAUCGAAGAAUAGCUAAAAUGACAAUGUAUGACCCCAUCUUUCUGGUUGCCAUGGAGAUCGCUGCGGAAACCUGUCUCAUAUGCUUUGAUGAGUUUCAGGUUGUGGAUGUAGCAGAUGCUAUGAUUCUGAAGCAGUUAUUUGAGGGGUUGUUCAAGUGUGGGGCCACCUCAAACUGACCACCUGAAGAACUGUACAAAAACAGGCUUCAGAGGGCUCAAGGUAAAGACAAAGUCAUUCUCUCUGAGCACUGUCAUACAAUCAGUCUUGACACUGGAAUAGAUUACCGGACAAGAGAAAUGGAGCUAGCUGGAAGACUAUACUGCAUAUCAAGUGAGCCUGAUGCAGAAAACGCUGUCAAUACGCUAUUUGAGGAACUGUCUUACAGACAAAAUGAUGUAACAAGGCCAAGAGUGUUUAAUGUGCAGGGAAGAGAGGUAAUCCUUAGCCGGACAUGUGGAACCAUCGCAAACUGUACCUUCCAAGAGCUGUGCGAGUGACCAUUGGGUGCUUAUUUAGAAAUCACCCGGCAUUUUGACACAGUCAUCAUACGGCAUGUUCCUCAACUUCGACUUGGAAUGAAGGACCAAGCUAAAUGCCUCAUCACUCUCAUUGACAACAUUUACGACCAAAAGGUUAGAGUGGUGAUGUUGGCUGAUGUACCAUUAGACCGUCUCUUGGAUCAGGGACCGAUGACUGGAGAGGAGGCGAGAGAUCGCCUAAUGCUAGAUGAACUCGGCCUGACCGAUGUAAUGAGUUACAGAGUUAGUUUAUUUCAGGUAGAUGUGGACAUUUUUCCCUUCCAGAGGACAUUGUCUCGCCUCACAGAGAUGCACUGGAUUAGCAGAGAUCGGAGUAAAAUGUGA